AUGAGUUCAUAUGCAACACCUGCACAAUUUCAUCAAAUACAAACAUCAAGUUAUAUUACAGCAAUGGAUAUCUCAAGUUCGGCGCAAACUCUUGUAUUUGCAGACGGUGCAAGUUUUGUUUAUCAAUAUGCAGAUCGUGAAGAUUAUGCUGUUAAUCCAUACUCAUUACCACUUUCUACUCCAGAUAUUGUACAGACGCAAACAACGGUUAUGAAUGAAGAUAGUCCUUUAUCAUCAGUGGGUAUGCCUUAUUAUACAGAUCAGCUCUUAUCUGUCUGGCCAAGUAAUAGUAUAUAUGAAGUUGGAGCAAAACCCCCAGCGAUUGAUGAAGAGAUUUUAAAAAAUAUGAAGACAAUUGAUUUUGUAGGGUAUGCACCUAAUCCUGGAAACAUUCAUCGAAAUCAGAUUCCACGUAAAAAGAAAAUAAUAAAGAAAAAGAAUGGACCCAAGUUUAGAUCCGAGCAAGAGAGAGAGAUGCUAAAAUCAGCCAACAAGUUAUUAGGUGAUGAUGCUGAACAAUUACAACAUUCUGAUAGACGAUCUUCUUCUGUUGGCGAUAUUUCUAUUGCCAAUGAUCCAGCCGUUCUAAAUAUGCCUCGAUAUUAUCAACGUGUUGAAAUUCAAUAUAGUAAAUUUGGCAUUGAUGAUUUUGACUUUGGAUAUUAUAAUUCAACACGUUAUGGUGGACUUGAAACUCAUAUCCGUAAUUCUUAUUGCAACUCACUUUUGCAAGUUUUAUACUUCAUCAUACCAUUACGAAAAAUUGCAAAGUCUCAUAUCAAGAUUUCUUGUCCUAAGGAUAAUUGUCUUUUAUGUGAGCUUGGCUUCCUUUUCCGUAUGCUUGAAGAUUCAAAAGGUCAGAAUUGUCAAGCAACUAAUUUCCUUAGAGCAUUUAGUACAAUUCCUCAAGCUUCUGCUUUAGGAUUAUUUGAACCAGAAACAUCUAAUAAAAAUUUACCUUUUUCAACACUUAUUCAAAAUUUUACUCGGUUUAUUAUGGAACAAAUUCAUCAGGAAUCUAAUCUCUCAACAGGGAACCCAUUAAUAUCAAAGGCUUUUAACCAGACGAUUCAUUUUAAAAAUGAUCAAGAACCUAUCAAAUUAGAUAUUCCUUCUACAAUGCAACAGUUAUUUGGGCUUCAGACAUUGAGUCAAAUUGAUAUGCUCUAUCCUAAAAAGAAUGAUAAGAAAUCCCGAAAGAGAUCAUUUACAAGUAUCCUGAAAACAAGUAUGUAUAGAGAAAACCAAACAAAAGCUUGGUGUUCAAACUGUCAUCAGUAUCAACCUACAACAACAAAAAAGAUCAUCUGCGGCUUACCAGGCGUUAUGUUGAUAAAUUCAGGAGUAGCAUCGAGUGAUGACGCACUUAUUUGGAGACAAAAUGGUCCUAAUAGUCCAAAAAUACCACAUCAUUCAUCUACUGAUAAUCAUAGUAACCAAAGUUCCGCAAAUGAAGAAUCUAACAAUUCCGUCAAUAAUUCGCCUUCUUCAUGGUUACCAGAGCGAUUUGGUAUUUAUAUUAAUGGAACAGAGCUUGUAGUUAAAGCUUUGCCUAUUGGUAAAGAGAUUCCACCAGAAUUUAAGGGAUCUCCUAAAACAUGUGCCAUAUAUGAACUAUCUUCUACAAUCCUACAAGUGCAAGAAGAAGAAGAGGCAGCACAUCUUGUUUCACAAAUCAAAAUUCUUGAAGCUGAAUUGGAGCCAGAAGCAAACUCACCUUGGUAUCUAUUUAACGACUUUUUGGUACGUAGAAUUCGACAAGAGGAAGUGUUUUCAUAUAAAGGAACAUGGAAGACACCAGCAGUACUUCAAUAUACUCGUGUUGAUUUAGAAAGUUUAUAUGACUUGGAUAUUCUACCUUCUAAAGUAGAUUAUUCUUUGUUAUUUAAAGAUUUAUCGAUUGCACAGGAAGCUAAUAUGAAUCCACGUUACGAAAUACUUACAGAGGACGAAAUGCCUAAACCAGGUACACUGAUUGCAAUAGAUGCUGAGUUCGUAGCACUACAACAGGAGGAGACAGAGAUCCGUAGUGAUGGCACAAAAUCUGUCAUUCGACCUAGUACACUUACUUUAGCUCGUGUAAGUGUCUUACGAGAUGACAUAGGGCCAAAACAAGGUGUGCCGUUUAUUGAUGACUAUAUAGCCACAAGUGAGCCUAUUGUUGACUAUCUCACUGAAUUUAGUGGAAUUGUUGCAGGUGAUCUCGAUUAUAUGCAAUCUAAACAUACACUUGUACCGUUAAAAGUGGCGUAUAAAAAAUUACGUUUAUUAGUUGAUUUAGGAUGUAUCUUUGUAGGGCAUGGUUUAAAUAAGGAUUUCCGAAUUAUAAAUUUACUUGUUCCUCCUGAGCAAAUUAUUGAUACUGUAGAUAUAUACCAUCUUCGAAACCGACAAAGAAAGAUUUCACUACGAUUUUUGGCAUGGCACUUAUUACAUCAAGAUAUUCAGGCUGAAACGCAUGAUAGUAUUGAAGAUGCACGAACAGCACUUGUUUUAUAUAAAAAGUACCUCGAAUAUAAAAAAGAUGGUACUUUUGGACAAGUAUUAGAAGAAAUAUAUGAAGCAGGGCAUAAAGCAAAUUGGUUAAAAGGAACAAAAGAUACUCUUUCAAGAGUCUCAAGUACAACUCAAAUGGAAUCCUUAGUUGAAUCUAGUCCAUUGUUUACUACAAAUUGGCUUGCUUAA